AUGAACCCGAACUUUCAACCGGGUAAUCAAAGCGGGUCAUCAUAUCAAAAUCGCCAAGGUGGUAACCAAGGAGGUUACCAACGCAAUUACAAUCAAGGAUACCAAGGUAGAGAUAAUAAUUAUCAAGGUGGGUAUCAAAGAAAUUACAACAACCAAGGUGGUAAUGGAAGUGGGUCAAACAACCAAGGGGGUGGUAAUGAUUUGAAUGCGAAAAUGGAUGCGAUGCUUUCAAUGAUGCAAGAAUCCAAGAAGGAGAAUGAGAUUCGGGACAAAGCACAUGAAGCAUUAGCAAAACAAGUAGGCCAACUCGCGGAGGAAAUGGCUCAAGUGAGAGGAAGCUCGGGGAAGCUUCCAAGUGACACAAUGGUGAACCCUAAGCAUUAA